UACACGAAAGAGCAGCUUGUUGAAAACCAACGCCGAGAAAAACCAAAGCUGUAGCCUCAAGGUUCACAUAUUGAAGAUAUACACUCUUUUUUUUAGUGGGAGGCCUUGCCAAGGACCUCCCCGUCAUCCUUCGUUUUCUUCGUCGUCGCGGAGUGUGUUGCGUUAUUACCUCAUUUUCAGUCCCGCAGAGAGAACAAUAAUAUCGCGAUAAUAAUAAUCACACCUCACUGACAUCUUGUCAGUUGCUGUCCUGCCACUGGCGUUGUUGGACGUUGUUGUUGUCUCCUCUUCAUGCUCAUCAAUUUGCCACCUUGUUACCCUAUCGACUCUGUUUACCUAUAUACGACGAGUGUAUAGCACUCAAAGGCUCAUUCAGUCAUCAGCAGCAUCACCGACUUCAUACCGUUCCUUCUGGCGCGUAUGCAUGUCGUCCUCGUGUGGGUGCGUUUCCAUCUCAUGUCACAAAAGCAAAAGUCAUUUCCCGGAUUUGCCACAGAUACAAUAAAUCAGUGCAAAAAAACAACGAGUUACCUCCUUCAAUGAAUCGCUUCGAGUUUGUGGGUCCAUUUGCAAUUUGGUUCAUCGGUGGUGUUAAUGGUGACGAGAAUAUUAUUACACAGGAUUUUCUGUCGUGUCACUCACCUGUUUAAUCAACUCAUCUCGUCGUCCCCACUCUACACAAGACAAUAGCUUGUUGUCACUCUGUGAAAAAUAGACGACAAAAAAAAUUACGUUUUAUCGAGAAAACAUUAGUGCACGGUUCAAGCUCUCGAUACAUAUUUUGACACUUGGGUGAAACUCGCUCGAUUUGAUUUUUUGGUGUGUUCUUUUUUGUUCCAAGUCAUCAAGAACAAGUUCCUGUGGUGUUGAUGAGACUGGAUGAUUUCAAUUCAUAGAGUGACACGGACAAUUGUAUUAACUCAACCUCAACGCAAAUUUAGUGAAGCGUUACUAUUCUACUCACUCACAUUUGGGCAGAUCACGCCUCGUGUAAUUACACAAGAGACAAAAAUAACCCUACCAAUAAAAAAAUAUUAUACGGAUGAGAAAAACCAUCAAGUGCUUGAAAUUGGAAAAUAAAAGGGAUGAAUGACUAUGAUAGGUGGCAAAACACACAUACAUAUUUAGAAGAAGUGACCGGUUAAUGACUGUAAUGUAUUUUGGUUGAUACUCCAAAAUCUAAUCCACCCUUCUUAAAAAAGUGUUUAUUAUGUAUUUGGUGACGAUAAUGAUUACGUCACUUUUGAGCAGAAAUAAAGUGAAGAAGUAGUGACUGAAAAUUAAAUACAUUUCGCCGACUACGCCUACAAGACCCUGAACAAGUCGUGGUUUAGUCGAGUAAAUUAAUUUAUAAAGUCUCAAGCGGAGAAAUUAAUUUACAACUGAAAUCCGACAAACUGAAAAGCAUUAUUAAAUAUUGAGCCGUGUUUCUCUCCCGUGACAGGACAGACUUAUACUUGUCAUAAUCAUAAUGUCAUCAGUCAGUCACCACAGCCACAAAUAACGACCACUGCGUCGUAAAAACUGAGGAAAGCGGACUAAACAAUUAUCGAAUAAUUUCCUCCAUCCAUUUUCCCCAGUUGCCACCUCCUCAUUAAAUAUUAAGCCCCUGCGACAUAGCCCUUUUCCCAUCCAUCCCAAAUAUCGAAUGUCUGAUUACGAAUUAAAUAAUAGUGCGAAAAACGAAGGGGAGCUUUCUCUCGGGGAAUCGCAGUGUCAUCACAUAAUAAUCAUAAUCGGCGUUCUCUCCCAUUCCACAGUCCACCUCCAUGUUAAGGAUUUCAUGUUAUCGUCGUCCUUACUAUUGUGCCGGGUAGUAGAGGAGGAAGACUUGUGUGCGAAAAACUAUAAUUUCCUGCACUCCAAAUGAGUAAGGAAUUGUGCAUUUUAUGAAUUUCGCCAAGGAAAAAAGUGAGUGACUUGUUAUUUAUGCAUCACAAAAUAAGUUUUUGCUACACCAACGUGGAGAACGAUUCCGCCCUGGCAGUCACACUGAUUCACGGUGACAAAGUCCCAGAAGAACCAAUGUGUGAGGCAAAAAUGGACCCUGAGACUGCCGCUGGGAGUGAUCGAAUCGAUGCCAAAUCCCCCAUUUCGUCCACUACUAUAGCGAAUGAUGGUGGUGGUGGAGAGGGAAAGGUCACCACCACGAUGACCACGACGUCCCCAGUGGUGGUGAUGAAAGGACCCCUCACCCCUUUCAGCCAGGACGAUGAAAUGUCUUCCGAUGACCUCAUCAGUGUCGGAGGCAGCCCUUCCCCCUCCGUCACAACGUCCCCAGACACCUUCUCCAGAACCCAUCCGGACGAUGGGUGCGAAGAGGAAUACUUCAAACCUCUCAAGAAAUUGAGAAUGCUAAAGGUGGAGCCACCAAGUCAGGGCAACAUUCCUGGAGUAAAAUCCUUCUCGAUAACGGAUAUUCUAAGUCACAAACCCGCCACGCCCCCCGCCCUCAGUAAAAGUAGUAGCCAUCAGAGUGGGAAAGAGACUUCUGGUGGACGCCACAACAAGCAAGAGGUAGUCAUCCAGCAGAGAAUAGUGCGCCCAUGGGACCCCCAAAGUAAAUCGAACGGACGUCGCAACUCGUCAGAUUCAUCACCAUUAGACGCUCUCUUCCAAAUGACAUCCAAAACCUUCGAAGGUCUCAACGGGCAUCACGAAAACUCAGAUCACGGAAGAGGGGGAGCCGAUCACCAAAUGUUCUCUGGCCGACAACCUCCCAAAAAGAAGAGAAAAUCUAGAACGGCUUUCACUAAUCAUCAAAUUUUUGAAUUAGAGAAGCGUUUCCUGUACCAAAAAUACCUGUCUCCCGCAGACCGGGACGACAUAGCGCAGCAACUAGGACUUACAAAUGCACAGGUGAUAACAUGGUUUCAAAACCGCCGUGCAAAACUCAAGCGGGACAUGGAGGAGUUGAAAAAGGACGUCGAGUCGGCAAAACUCCUCUCAGCGCACAAGUCAUUUCUCGAAAGCGCUCAUGACCUCGGACUUUUAAAGAAGCGUCCUCAAAGUCAGAUGGACAUGAAUGCCGCGACGGCUGCCUCGUACCAUAUCGCAGCCUCUCCAGCGUCCUCCUCGCAGUCCUCCCAUUCGCCCAUCAACCUCACUUCAGAGUCCCCUCCCUCGACCCACUAAGUCCACCCAUCCAUCCAGCCACCACCACCACCUCAACAACCACCGCCACGAUACGCAUACACACUGAUCUCUGUCGUCGGCGUCGUCAUUGUCAUCAUCUCGUCGUCGCUCGACCCGUCAUCACUCGACAGCAGCAACAAGAACAACAAUAUUACGUAACAACGUAGUCGUCGUCUUCAUCAUGAUCAACAACUAAAAAUAUGUAACGCCCGUCAUUUCCAUAUUUCCAGACAAUUUUUGCAAGUUUAGAAAAUCCUGUUUCAAAAACCCACAAACUUGGCCACAAUUCGUGUAUGCAUUUCAUUUCAUCCUUUCCUUCGGGAUAAUCAUGUCUCGUUUCUCCCUCCUCGUCUAUUUAUUUAUUUAUUAAGUAAGUAACUGGUCUCUUUGUACCACAACUCCUGGGAAAAGGAGAAGGCGGAACGGAACGUAACGUGAAAUGGAACCGGUUGACGUGUCAUUUCUUAUUAUUCUACUCUUUCCAUACUACAAAAUGACAGCGUCACAAGUACAAGCAAACUUCUCAUUCGUAGAAGUGAGCAUCAUGCAAUCAGAGGUUUUAAACUUGGAUCGGAGAGGGUGAUAAGGGAAACUAGUUGACACACAGUACACACAAACGUUACCAGUUCGGUUUUAGAACGGUCUGCUGUUACUCGUGUACCCCAAAUAUUGCGUUUCCUUCCAUAAUAACUUAGUUCUGUCCAAGCAAUUGCAUUACUUCCGCUCCCCCUUUAUCACAAACAUACACACAAAAACAUACUUACCACCACCCUACAUAUGCCGACCCAAUUGGCCAACUUAUUAUUCCUAUUGACGUGCUAAACUCCGGAAAGAAUUUUAAAUGAUGAGGAUAAUUACGUAUUCAUUCAUAAGUUCAUGCUCUCCUUCCAUCUGAUAUCUUAAUUCGAGCAGUUUUUUUAUUUAUUUCAAAUUUUUUAAACACUUUGUUUUAAGUAACGCGAUGACGGACGAAUUAUAUGUCACGAACACUUUAUUUACUUACCUGAAAUGCAAUCACGAGUCAAUUUUAACCAUAUACAUAAUACAUAUUUCGGGGCGAUAAGACAAUGCGUUAGUGCAAACAAAUCAUGCAUUUUUUAGUACUAUGAAAACUUCAAUGUAUAAAAAAUUCACCACGCGUUAGUCACUCAGCUUGUGUGUAAGAAAGCCACAAAAUUUUAUACUAUUCUUCUGACUCAUAAAUAAUCAGAGGCGCCAUGAAAUGAAUGCAUAUAUUAAUUGAUCCACUACUUAGUUAUCGAGCAGUGUAUCGCAUUACAAACAAAUAUUUAUGAUAGCUCAGAUCACUGCCAGCAAUUAACAGUAUCACGGGACGACGACAGACCCUCCUCCUCCUCCUCCGUCUCAUUAAGACUUGUUAUUAUUGUUCUAAUAAAGCCCACCACGAAAGCUUGAAACAAAAAAAAUGGAUAUUUAGCCCUCGUCGUCGUCGUCGUCGGGGUGUGUGCAAACAUUCCAAAACUUUCCACCAUACCAUGAACUUUAUUAAUUAGCCGUGCACAUAUACCUACGACGCGUAUAUGCUUAUGCGGGGGUGGGUGGGUGUAAGUGUUGAUAGGUAGUAGAAAAGACACGUCGUCGUAGAUAGAAUUUCAUUUGGGGCGAGUCAAUAUUCCGUAUGUGUAGUUAGUCAAGAGGAGAUAUUAAAUUAUGGAAUGAAUCUCGAUGUGUGGAGUCGUGUCGAUGGGAUUGCCUCAAUAAUCAGUAUUACAUUGUUGUUGUAUACUUUUGUACCAAAUACAAUUACCUCAUCUCUCUCUUCUCCAUCCAAUAAUCCAAUCCGUUAACUAUGUGACCGACCACUAUGCACGUUGGGUAGGUACGUACCAUGCUUCAUCAUCAUUAUCACUUCUUUUUUUAGUCAUGCGAACGAACGGCACGGCGUGAAAUAAAUCACCUACUUUCUAAAUUCGUAAUGUGGUGACAAGGCGUUUCAUUAUUAAAAUCAAUCCAUUCUCUAAAUGAAUAAUAAUAAUAAUCGACCCGAUCUUAUGUUAUUCUUGGUAGAUAAAUAGUGACACUGUUUUACAUGGGAGAAAACGUGGGCAGAAUUAUUAUUAGAAUUUUUCAAUUAAAUUACCUCCACUAAUGUAAAUGUAGUCAUCAUAAAUGAAACCAACGCCCAUUUAUUUUUGCGUCGUUACAUCAUCGCCGUUGUUAAAUUAUUAGCUAUCCAUCAAUCCAUCCAUCGUUAAAUACAUUUCUUACGAUAUAAAUUUAUUACUCAUUUUACUAAAAAAAUAUCUCAAAAGUUGCCACUUUUUACGAGAACCUUGGCAAAUCCAUCAGGUUAUACUUUCCAUUUCACUCAUUCGUCCUUCUUCUUAAUUCUUACAAGAUAAUGAUUUUAUUCGGGAAAUUAUUUUUUUUCCUCUUUGCCGACUCAUCAUUAUCCCAUUAUUAUUAUGAUCUUGUUGUUUGUGUAGUCAUUAAUAAUGAUAAAUUAUUAAGUCAGCCAGUCGCACUGUCACCGAUAAUAUGUUGCCUGCCUCUCCAUAUCCAACGACUACUACAACCACUGUAUGUAUCUGUAUGUACAUACUUCUGCAUGGUCUGUGAGGUUGGGAUGAUGAUGAUAAUAAUAAUAAUACAGAAGAAUUGCGGUUUAUUGUUCAUUCCAAACCAUACCACAAAAAGUUGCAUUAUUAUUAUUAAUAAAUUUGAACACUAAAAAUGUCUCUGGUAGCUUCCUCACUCUUCUUACGUUGGAUGUACUUCACUUGUUGCGGAACAAAUUAUGGAUGGAAGACGAUUUAGCAUUAUUAUUAUUGUGUAUACACGUCUUGUAUACCUGGGAAAAUAAUGCCGUCGUUUUGUUAAGCUGAACAAUAGCUCGGGUUGCAUAUUGUUGUCUGUUGUCGCAUCACAUCACAAACCAAAGGAAUACUAUUUAUACAUGCAUGCAUACAUACACACAUAGAAUAUUUAGAAGGAAAAAUGUUUUCGACUCGACUCGAUGGUUUUUUUUAUAGUUUUCGUUUAAAAAGAUGUAGAAAAGUCGUUGUUCGUGUCGUGUGUAUUUAUUACUAAGAAAAAGAAACAGAUUUACUUUUUACCCAUUUUACUGGAAACGAAGGGAGAAGUAGAAUUAUUAAUUUAUGUAAACUAUUACCGAUAAGUCGUCCCUAUUAAGACAUAAUUUUUAGUAACCUAGUACAUAGUGUAGUCUAUUUAGCUUUAUGUCAUACAUAUUUAGAUGUAAUGUAACUUGAUACGUAUUUUAGUCCUUAGGAUUAGUGCGACGACGGCAAAUGUCUCAUCAUCAUCACCAACGUCGUUGUUUUCUCGUUAUUGUAGCCACAAAAUAAUGCUAAGUUUGAUGUUAAGUGUGCUCCUACUGAUUGAGUAUGUAAUGUGAGUGAACAAACUACUAUGUAUGCUACGUUACGCCAAGUAGAUACAUAAUCUAACUGCAUAAGAAUAUGUAUGUAGCUAAGUAUACCCAAUUUACGAAACGUAUUACAUGUAUAACAAGUAAAAAAUGAAUGGUACAAGUUAAGUAAGUCCAUAAAAGUAAGCAAGCUUGGCUUUAAAGAGUCAAUCUGAUGAUGAUAUGAUUAAAUUGAAAUAAAAGUCUCAUGAUGAUCGUUACGAUGAAAA